AUGCAGUCGAUUACAAAGUCUACAGCUGAGCCCGUGCCAGCCAGCGACGCCUACUACGACCUAGGCGCAUUCCAUUCCCCCAUUCACACCCAGUCCGCCGAUGCCCAGACCUGGUUUGACGGAGGCCUUCUUUGGGCUCACGCUUUCAACCAUGAGGAGGCCAUACGAUGCUUCCAGCAGGUCAUCGCACACGACCCAAGCUGCGUCAUGGGCUACUGGGGAGUAGCAUACGCCGCAGGGCCCAACUACAACAAGAAGUGGGAGGCGUUCGACCCCGAAGAUCUCGCAUCGACCUUCAAGCUGGGCCACCUCAUGGUGCGGCAGGCAAAGAGGCACGCGACGGACGUGCCUCCGACUUCAAAGAUAUUAUUUUCUUCGUAUGCUACGGUGAUGAAGAAGGUCUACGCCGAGUGCGGACAAGGAAAUCUGGAUAUCGUCACUCUCACGGCCGACGCACUGAUGAACACGAACCCCCGAGCUCUAUACGAAAGCCAAACCGGACAACCGCGACUCGAGACCCGGUUCUAG